AUGAGUAAUCAUUCUAAGAGAUCAACUCUUAUGAAAUGUAAUACUGUUAAAGCACCUAAAUAAUUAAGAAAAGCCAAAUCUUUUUAUUCUUAAGCUGAAACCUUUCAACUUAGUAAUCAAGUUGAUGGAACUGAUGAAAAAUUAAAGUAAUUUUUAAAAGAAUAUAAUAAAUAGAAAAUUAGAAUAAUCAUUCCAUAACUAAUCUGAUUUUAAAAUUAUGUAAUCUUAACCUAGAUUUAAUAAGACUUUUUCAGUUCAUAAAAAAAAUAAUAUUGUUGAUACAAUUAUUCCAGAAUGGUUAAAAUCUAGAAAAGAUUUUUAAUAAAUUUGUUAUACAGAGACUAUUAAUGAUUUAUUAUCUGUUCCUAAGAUUAUUUUGAAAUAAUAAAGAAAUACAAUUGAAGAUUAAAAGAUUAAAGAUUGGAUUCAAAAUAAAGUUUAUGGAUUACCUGAUGAACUCUAUAAAGAUAUCACUUAAAUUAUGACAACCAGAGUAUUUGCAUUUGAAGAAAUAUUUGAUGUUGAUCAUAAUAUAACUGUUUUGUAUGAAGGCAAAGUUUAAAGAGUAAAUAAAGAUUUAGGAUUCCCUAUUAAUGGUCCUCCCAUUAAAAUAGGUGAAUUCUUAAGUGAUGAAUAUUUAUAUAUGGUUAAAACUGAUGUCAUUAUUGUAGAAAUCCCAAAAAUUGAAUUAAUGUAACUAAUGGAUGGAUUCAAAAUUUCAAAAUUAGAAUAAUUUGUAUAAUAAAUGAAAUAAUUUCCAGCUUUCAAAUCUAUUAAAAAGAAUAGUUUACAUAAAAUCAUUACAAGAGGAUAAUUAUAAUUGAUUAUUAAGAAUUAUUAAAGAUUUUAAAGGGCUUCAAAUUAAGAAUACUUAAAUAUUCUCUUCUAUGGCAAAUUAUAAUUAAAUCUAAGAAAAUUAAUAAGUAAAAUGAAUAAAUGGCCUAUUAGUUAAAAUUAAUGGGAAACCAAAACAUAUUAUUAAUAUUAAGAUAGAAUAUUAGAAUUAGAAUCUCUUAAUUGUUUUGGACUUACAGAUGAUUAAUACACUAUAUCGACAAGAGAAAGUUGUGUAUUAUUAUAAAUAAGAAGAAAUAUUUUAGAAACAAGUAUUAAUGCAAGAGAUUAACAUAGUUUUAACAACAGAAUAGAUAAAUGAUUUGAAAUAAUCGAUUGAUAUAUUUAAGUAAGAAUCUAAAAGUUAAUGGAGAGAACGAAUGAGAAAAAAGUUUGAUUAAGAAAUUAUUUAAUAGAAAAUAAGAAUGGAAAAAGUAAUGAUUGCAUUGCUAAAUAAUUGA